AUGCUUUCGAGUACGCUCACACGUCCGCUGCAGCUCGUCGACCGAGUGCUGCAGUGGUCUAGCGCUGUCAUUGUGAUGGGUAUCACUUCCUACUUCAUCAACAAGGGUCCCCGUGGGUUGUCUAUCACGUACCAAGAAAUCAUUUCUACCAUGUCGGUCGUGUUUUUCCUGCCAGCCUUCGUCUCUCCGUUCAUGCCCACAGCUCUUGGCAAGUUUGUUCUGGCCAUCGAUGUUAUCUUCUCGUAUCUGUGGCUCACUGCAUUCAUCUUCGCCGCUCAAGACUACAACCGCCACGACUGCCGCCUCAACGCUCCCCCAGGGAUCUCCUGCUCCAAGAAGAGGGCCAACGAAGCAUUUAUCUUCCUGACCUUCAUCUUCACCUUCUUCGGCAUGAUCAUCGAAGUCCUCAGUCUCUGGGCCUACCGCCGCGAGAAUGUCCCGGUACGUGAAAAGACCGGCGGUGCUCACGGUGGACCCGCCGAUGCCCCAGUCGCUACGGUUUAA